CAGCCGGAGGCGGUGCCGUGCCGUGCGGAGAUGCAGUGCCGAUGCAGUGCGUUGCAGUGUGAAUUCUCGGACCGUACCCGGGGUGUGGGUUGGGUUUUGUCACAAAACCGUGUCACCUUUCGAGCGGCGUUGGUCGUUCGGAUCGUUGUUUUCCACCUUUUCGCAUCGAUUUCUCCAAUCGAGCCGGCCAAUUGGUGGGCCCUUGCGUUGGCGCAAUUUGCGGCGGUGUGCAGUUUGGGAGUAGAGCUUACUGUAGUGUCGUGAAUCGGGAAGCAAUGGGUGACAUCAGUGAGUUGGAAGAUGCGGUGAAGAUGCUGGGAGCUGCACUCAUAGGACGACGCAAAAGCUCGGUCGCCAAAGGGAAAGCGCUCACCGAGGAGGAAAUCAAGGGUUAGUUUUCGGUGCUGCGUUUAGGGUCGUCGAUAUAAAGUGAUUUUGUGCACAAAGAGAAAAUAGGCUCCAAGAAACAAAAACUCGUUCGUCUGAAGAAGUCUGAAGAAGUUUCCCAAGUUUUCCAAGUGACUCGUUUGAGGCAGAGUGGAACUCUGUUUGAAAGAAGCAAUACUGUUUGGUGAAGCCCACGUUCGGUUGUUCUUCAGCCGCUAGUGACAUCACCGGUGCCGGUUUUAUCGAAUACACCCCCAAAUCGAGUUCCGCGCGAGAGUAUCCAGAGGGCGCACAGUACGGCCAACUAACGUGGGGCUGCAUUAAUUUUGAUAACCGCGAGACAGCUUAUCAAACACGAGCUACGAGCAACGAGCCGGGUCCGGCUGAUAAGCGACACGGGUCCCGGCACUCCAUUAGCGAGCGGCAGCAGAUAGGUCGCCACGGGAACCCGAUAUUGGGUGAGGCGCCCACUUCAGGUGGCCGAAACCCGAAAUAUCAUUAGCGUGUCGGCACGGAAUGCGGGAUUCCGUGUGGCCAUUCCAACGAGUCUCGAUUUCACGGUGCCCCCCUGGCUGUGAUGCUGCCGUCGGCAACACACUGACGAAGGUCGUCAACAACGUUGUGGGCCGUGUCACUGGGUCCCUUCCUCUGCGCUAAUCAGCAAGAUAAGAAACCGCCGCCGCCGCCGCCGACGCCGCCAAGAUUUUACCGGGAAACGGUUCAGACGUCGUCUGCAACUCACCGUGCCCCACCGUCGCUUAUCCGUGCCCGGGAGACGGGGCAGUGCGGGGCACAGUUCCAAGAUAUGAGUAGUUCGUUAACGAUGGGAGCAGCGGGAAGAAAUCCAAAUGCCACCCUGGCGCAGCCAGCGGGAAACACAAGCGCCAGCCACUCGGUCGAGUUGUCGUGCGCGGUUCAGUCGUCUCCGUCGCCGUCGUCGUUGCCGUCACCGCCUGGGGAGACUUCCGGGAAAACGAGACCGGGCACCGCCGUCGACGCCCCGGUCGACAGCAAUUUCCUGACGCCGCAAGCGGCCCGUGAAGGCACACCGCCCCGGGUGGACGCGCCGAUCGAGCCCGAGCCCCGAUCGAGUGUUAGUGUGAGUGAUACCGGUGCACAGGCACAGGCAGCAGCCGACGGAGCGAACGGAAGUGAACCACGACCGAAGACGAAGGUCAUCCGGCGCAUCAUCAAAGUGCGGCGGGUCGUCAAGAAGAUGAAGAAAAAGGAUGAAAAGUUCUAUCUGCGAACGGCAUUUGACCUGCUGGACCGCGACCAGGAUGGGCACGUGACGCCCGAGGAGCUGCAGUUUAUGCUGCGGAACCUCGGCAUACACGUGCGGGACGAGCUGAUCGACGAUCUGCUGCGGGAAGCCAGCCGGACAGGCAGUGGCUUAAUAGAUGAAACAGAGUUCCUCCAGUGGGUGGCGAGAAUACAGGCCCUAAAAGACGACAGCAACACCAGCAGCAGCAGUAGCAGUAGCAAUAAUCCCGCCCAGUCCGCCGACGACGACCUAACGCAGGACCUGGUGGCAGCAUUUCGGGUAUUCGAUCGCGACGGCAAUGGGUACAUAACGCGAGACGAACUGAAGGCUGCCAUGGACAUGAUCGGCGAGAAUGUGACCGAAUAUCAGCUGAACGAAAUGCUGGAGCUGGCCGACGCCGACAAGGAUGGCCGAAUCAAUUACGAAGAGUUUGCCCGGCUACUCCUGUAAACUUCCGGCUUCCGGCCGGUGGACUCCGCUCUGUGUGUGAUGUGACCUCGACCCCGCUUCUCUCCGGUUUCUUCCCGAGCCAACCGUUCGGCACCAAGUUCUGUCUCUUCCAUUAGCCACCACCACCAGCCGGUUUCGUUCCGGAAGGAACGAGAUGCUGCUACCAAGGAAUGAUUUCGUAUUUCUACCCAACCUACCAAUCACAACCGGUUGCAGCCAGCUCACGCCAGGCCGGGGACACCAGGAACACCAGCAGGCAACCCUUUAGUUAAUCGAAAGUAGUUGUGUAAGACUUUUUACGAAUCUAAAGCCGCGGCGGAGUAGGGUCGCCGGAGACCAGUAGAUUGAGUGCAGACAGAUUGUUUAGCGUAUGAUUUGUGGGUGGCCACUUUUGAGUUGAGUUUGAUUGUUGUUGUUACUGGGCGCACUGACGAGAUGUUCGCUUCACGCUUGUCGCCGCAAGUGUUACAUGGCUUAACCUAUACACAUUAUCUCGUUAGCGCAAAGCGCGUUGCGCGCCCAUUAAAAUAUUUAUCCUUAAAAGAAUGUCCAAAUGUUACUCAUUACCUACUACUAACCGCAUAAUCCGCUGUUUAACUGUUGCAAAAAUUCUUACCCUCUUAAGGAGCCACGAAUGACGGAACGGAAAAUAUUAAGCCACCCAAGGGCGAUGCACGCGCGUGAAUUGGGCCAUAUUAACCUAGGGUUAAGGUAUUGGGCGAAGGAUGGCCGGUGACGAGGACGGUGGCUGAUAGUUGAUAGUGAGCCAGGCGUUGGGGGGACUAAAUGUGACCCAAAAUUAAACAAUAAACAAAAAACCAAAACAAACCCAAAAGGUGGGAAAAGCAUCUACGUUUAAACGCUACGAAAGCAGCAGCGGGCACGGGCGCGUUAGAGGAGCGGGCGUGCCGGGGGCCCGCGCGUUGUCUGUGCGCCUGUGGCCACUACCGCAUAACGGGCCGAGUGAACUGCUCGGGACGGUUUUCAGUUUGUACGAAAGUAGAGCAUAACAAUAUCUAUAUCCAAUAAGCGAUAAGAAAGACCCGGCACAAAGCGGCAAGGAGUAGGUGGCACAUUUAGAACGCGGCCGCGACCGAGAUUCUCGCCAGGAGUGCACUGUGUGUUUUAAGUGUUUUGUAGGCGCUACGCUAGGCACGACAGAGAAAGGCUUUUGUACUAACCCGACGACGAGCCACUUCCAGUUCUUCCUUGAGUUUACGUUUACACACACACCCGGCUAAAGAAAAACCUUAACAAAACGCUUCGUUCCGUUCCGGCCAACACCAACACGCGCACUGCGGCAGAAAGGCGCUCGAUUUUGUGUGCAGCUACGCAAGCACAGAGCGUUUAGAGUAAUUGUUAUGCCAUUGUUAUACAUUAUUGUUAAACAGUUUACAGCUGACGGCUACACACACAACUGACACGUGCACACGUGGGGUGCAAGCAAUAUACAAAGCAAAUGUUGUGGUUGCAGCACAUUUGCAGCAACGGGGACAGAGCGGCACCCGGUGCCCGGUGGGCACCAGGUGUCCGCUAAUCCCUCACCGAACGCCGACACAAUAAAUGCGACUGAUUUUUACUACUUUACAUUUGUUACAGGAUGCACACGGGCCCCACGGGGGGGACGUGUGAAACCCAAUAGAACCAACAAAAGAGAAAUCAAAAUUGUUAAAACGUUUGAAUGGGAACGCGUUGCCGCCGACGGUUCGCCGCAGGAGGGCUGUGGCUGUGGAUUUAUCGAUGCCACUUUCUAGUGUCCCAGUGAAAACUUCAAAACUCCGCUCCCAUGCACCCUAGAAAAGCACCUCAAAUCUUUCCGUACACCACACCACAAAAUGUGAAAAUGAAAUUGGCAAAUGAUGAACGGUCUUCAAAGUUAAACACCAAACGAUUGGCGGCGAUAUCGCGGACAAACGCGUCGAACGAGCUUUCCUUUGCGCCAUUCCUUCGUUUUUCCUUCCGGCGGCGGAGUGGGGCAACCUGGCACAAAACACAUCACCCACGCACACACCCACCCACCCACACGUGGCAGCCCCCGCGAGAGAGAGAAGCUUGCAAUCGAACGCGGUUAAUACAAUAUAUACUCAUAUACAUGAUAAUAUCAAGGUACAGAAUUUAGUGGAACAUGACGCCGGGCAGGAUUUAGCUAUUUUUGGAAGCAGAUUUUUACACCUUACACCUGCCGACCGCUUAGCGGGGAUCAAGACAUCGGGCAGGCCAAAGGCAUCGCCUCGUGAGGGUGCAAUAUUGCAAAAACAGCAGAUUAAAAUUUUCAGUAGCCACACGCCACGGAUAAUUCCGAUAUUGCUGCUUGGCCCCAGGUUAUUGUGUGUGUGUGUGUGUGGGUGUGUCUCUCAGUUCCGAGGGUUAUCAGUUUGGCGGCAAGCGGGAACGUUUCUUGGUUGUGCUUCUAUUUGACGUCUACUUGCGAACAAUAAUCUACUAGCAUUCGUGUCUGUUUGUGUGUUGAACGUGUAUAGUUGUAUACAAAAACACCCUUAUCGUAACCACAUAACGCCGGGUCGGCACUCUCGAAUAAGGAAUAACCACGAGUAGCAGCCAUUAUGUCGCUGUCGCCGUAAGCUAAGACGCAACCGAGUGUUAACCACCGUAGACCACUGUAUUUCCUAUAUCCUCACCUAUCUACACUAGAGGUAUCCAUUUCCCGUAUCGUAGUGUUUUGUGGCCAAUGGCGCAGCGGAUUAGAAAGCUCCACACAUUUGGCUAAAACAGUCAACUUGAUGUGCUUGCAGCUUGCAGCUUAAAUAUUCGUGUUCGUCUGACCCGUUUGGGGGACAAACAACCCGUAACGGUCAGUUGCUUCGCGAGAUCCCAUCAAGUCAAACUGUCGUUAGUUUCCGGACGGUCAAGAUCGUUGCAAUGGUUGGAAGCAUAUCCGGCCCGAUGUAAAUAUGUCCCCUUUUGCAGUCGCAAUCGAGUCGAUUUUGUGUUACCACUAAUGGUUUGGUUGUGCCUCGGUUGCCUUUUCGUUGCCCCUGCUUGACCCUAGAACGUUUAGAAAAGGCACUCUGAUGGUACUCGUGUCCCUUUAUCCAACUUUACACUUCCAAUCAAACUAAUACUUCUCUAAUAUCGAUACUAAAUCCAUAGGCAAAACCAUACUAAUAUUGAAGCCACGCUUAGCUUAAACAAAAAUGUGACACAUUACCCUACGUCUGGCCGCGUACGUCGGAGGCGAACCGAACUCUUUCGUUCGUUCCAACCUCGAGUUAAAUCCAUGCCAAACGCGUACACUCAGCAUUACAGAGACAAGCAAAGCAAAGAACUACAAGAAAGAGAACUAUAUAUUCAUAUUGUGGCCUUUUAAUUGAAAAGAAGAACGUGAAAACGGACAAGCGUGAAACCGCAACCGUGUGUGCGAACCGUGAAAACCUGAAAACCGGCCACUGGAAGCACGCACGCGGAAGUGUCACGCAAUCGGUCGCGGCCGCGGCCGGGCGAGGUUUUGCCAGUGUUGCGUUUAGGAUUACGUUUGGCUUUUUGCUUCAAAUUUACAAGCGAUCACGAGUUUUAUGUGUAGCAAAGGCGCAUUUUAUUACACCAUAUCAAGGCUGGGAACGGAGAGCGCCAACCGUUUGCGUUGCAUCGCAAACUGACCGCUAAUGAUGGCGAUGAUGAUACAAUAAAUAACAGAACGUGUGUACUGAUUUUAAAUGCAUAGUAAACAAUAUUUUACAUACGUUUGGAGUGAUGCGUUCCUGAGUUUACAGAGAAGAGCGUUAGCGAAUGGUAUGAGAACGGAAGUGAAAGACAGGCUGGAGAUUUCCAAAGCAAAACAAGGUUGAUCCCACCAACCGAUCCCAACCGAUUUCGGAGACAGUCAAAAGUCGCAACAACAACAACAGCAAAGAGCAAGUUAACAAUUUCGGUUUCCCGUACCCUUGAAUGAGCAAUACAUUGCAGGAUUUAGUUUUAAUUGUUUCAGUCUACCUUUUUGGUACAAGAACAGUUCCCCAUUAUCUUUGAACGGAGUUAAAACGAUUAACAAAAAAUCAUCAAACACCAUGAGUUGGGCCAGUUUGGGGACAGAAAGGGAGCUAGGCCCGCCUAGUAUCGUACGGAAGGACAGAGAAUUGAACAGAACAAG